UAUCAACCCAAUGCACACCCCACAAACCCUCAUACCAAACCCAACCCCAACUUAUCCCAACCCAAACCAAACCCGAAUCAGAUCAAAAAAGGAAAAAUGUACCGCCCCAUCCUCCGCCAUCCCCUAAAACACCACCUAAUCCAAACCCCCACCAAGCCCACCAAAUACGACAUCAUCAUCAUCGGCUCCGGCCAAGGCGGCACGCCACUAGCCCGCGCCCUCGCGGACGCAAAAUUUAAAACUGCGCUGAUUGAACGCGAACAUAUUGGGGGUUGUUGUGUGAAUGAGGGAUGUACCCCGACUAAGACGAUGAUUGCGUCGGGGAGGGUGGCGUAUUUGGCUAGGAGGGGGUGGGAUUUUGGGAGGAAGAGGGAUAUUGUGAGGGUGUUUCGGGCUGGUAGUGAGAAGAGAUUGAAGGAUGCAGGGGUGGAUGUGUUGAUGGGGGAGGCGAGCUUUGUGGAUGCGAAGACGAUGGUGGUUGUGGAUGGGGAGGGGGGGGAGAGGGUGGUUCGUGGGGAGAAGAUUGUGAUUAAUACGGGGUGUCGGCCGGCCGGGGCAGUGUUGGAGGGGCUGGAGAAAGUUGGGAAGGAGAGGGUGUUGGAUUCGACGUCGAUUAUGGAGUUGGGGGUCGUGCCGGAGCAUUUGGUGGUGGUUGGAGGUGGGUACAUUGGGGUGGAGUUUGGCCAGUUGUUUCGGAGGCUUGGGGCGAAGGUGACCAUCGUGCAUCGCGGCGGGCAGUUGCUUCCCCGCGAGGAUCGAGAAUUAGCGGAUUUGUUGGGUGAGAUUCUGAGGAAGGAUGGGGUUAAGGUGUUGUUGGAGACGACGCCGAUUAGGGUUGUGGAUGUCUCGGAUGAGGGGUUUGAUGUGAUGGUCUCGACGAAGAAGGGAGAUGAGAUUGUGAAGGGGGCGACGCAUAUCCUGUUUGCCACCGGACGUGUGCCGAAUACUGAGCGGUUGAAUGCGGCUGCGGCAGGAGUCAAGUUGAACAAUAAGGGAUAUGUGGUGACAGACGAUUUUCUACAGACUUCGGUACCGUUCAUCUAUGCCAUUGGAGAUGUCAAGGGCCCGCCGGCGUUUACGCAUAUUUCGUUCGAUGAUUACCGUGUGCUCAAGUCAUCUUUGCUGGAAUCGGAAGGGUCUGGUUCCAGACUCUCGAUUACAGAUCGCAUCGUUCCAUACGUCGUCUAUACGGAUCCCCAGUUUGGGCACGUUGGACUGCACGAGCAUGAGGCGCGGGAGAAGUAUCCAAACAAAAAGAUCCUGACGGCACAGAUGCCGAUGAGCUAUGUCGCUAGGGCAUUGGAGACAGACGAGUCACGAGGCGCCAUGAAGGCGGUGAUCGAUGGGGAGAGUGGAUCGAUUCUGGGAUUCUCGUGCUUCGGUGCAGAAGGUGGUGAACUGAUGAGUGUCGUGCAGACAGCAAUGAUUGGAAAUCUGCCUUAUCAGAAGCUACAAGAUGCGGUUUUUGCACACCCGACCUUUGCGGAAAGCUUGAACAACCUGUGGGGUUUUCUAAAAUGA